UUACGCACGAGGACACUAAAUUAUUUUGAGCACUCUGCUAGAGCUGCGCAGACUCCAAAGAGGCUGAAUUAUGUGACUGUUGUGGUUUACCCACUGAGGCCGCUGUGCGCGUGUCUGCUGGUGUGAGUGUGGGAGGGGUUUUCUGCAAUCACUUGCUUCCUCUAAUUAGCAGCGAGUGCCGGUAAAGAAACUCAGAGGAGUUCCGCACCAAGGCGCAAAGGAAUCUGGGAGCAGCGCACCUGAGCGUUUCUGUGCGCGCGGGGUCAGAGUGGAAGGAGCUGUCCGAAUGCUGAACGAGCCAGGCGGGGCUCUGCUGCGAAGCUGACAGUCAAUGACAGCACUCCGAGCAGUUUGAAAGAAAAAAGUCUUGAGAACGCGGAGCGCGCCGCUCGAAUCGGACGCGUCCACUUGUUGCCGCCGUUGCGCUCCGAGGGUCCCGCCGCUGCUGCGCUGCGUGUCCGAGCUUCGGGAAGCUCUUAAAAGCUGCUGCAAGGAUGAUGUCCUACAUAAAGCAACCCCAUUACACCAUGAACGGGUUAAGUUUGCCUGCGCCAGGAAUGGAUGUGCUUCACACCACCGUCGCUUAUCCACCCACUCCCAGGAAGCAGCGCAGAGAGCGCACCACCUUCACUCGGACACAGCUGGACAUCCUGGAAGCUCUGUUCUCCAAGACCCGCUACCCGGACAUCUUCAUGAGGGAGGAGGUGGCCCUCAAGAUCAACUUGCCAGAGUCCCGUGUGCAGGUGUGGUUCAAGAACCGCCGUGCCAAAUGCCGUCAGCAGCAGCAACAAAGCAGUGGCCAGUCCAAGCCCCGCCCCCCAAAGAAGAAGGCCUCCCCAGUGCAGGAGGCCAGUGCACCCGAUCCUGUCCCCAACCCAUCCGGCUCCUACAGCCCCUCCUCCGCCCAGUCAGGGCCCAGCCUGGCCGCAAGCUCCAGCACCGGGAACACCGCUGUGUCCAUCUGGAGCCCGGCCAUCUCCCCCCUGCCCGACCCCCUGGCCUCCUCCUCGGCGCCCUGCAUGCAGCGGCCCUCGCCCUACCCCAUGAGCUACGGCCAGCCGGCGUACACGCAGGGCUACGCCAGCACCACCUCCUACUUCACCGGCCUGGACUGCAGCGCCUACCUGUCGCCCAUGCAUUCACAGCUCUCAGGCACUGGGGGUGCUCUCAGCCCCAUCACUGUGCCCUCCAUGGGGGGCUCCCUGAGCCAGUCCCCAGCAUCACUGUCUUCACAGGGCUACAGCACUGCCUCCUCCCUGGGCUUCACUUCCGUUGACUGCUUGGACUACAAGGACCAGCAGGCCUGGAAACUGGGCUUCACGACUAUGGACUGCCUGGACCACAAGGACCAAAACUCCUGGAAAUUCCAGGUCCUCUAGACAGAGUGGGUGGGUGGGGGGGCUCGUCUGUGUGAGCACAGGGGGCAGCAGUUCUGCCAGAAGACGAAUUGUCACCAAUUAUCUGUUUUUUGUUUGUGAGAAUUAGUUAGUUUUUCUCUUUGUGCAGCAGCCUUUGUAGAGACGCUUUUCUGUGGAGGAACUUCAGGAAAGAGCGGCGGCGGUCCGACUCAGAUCCCUCCUUCAUCCUCAUCCCGUGUUAAAUGAAACGACUGAGGCCUCGGAUGAUGAAGGAAAAUCUGCAAUUUGCUCCAGGAAGUUCACAGAGUCAUGUCACAUGUGCACGUGUUGAUGUGUGGCAUGUGUGGCAUGUGCACGUGUUGGUUUUGUUUGAAGUUGUGUUCCAGCCACCAGUGUAAAUGACUCUAAACUCUUCAUCAUUAUCGUUGUUUUCCUGCUACUGUUAGUGCAGUCGUCUGAUGUUGUCCAGCCUUUUGGAUCAUUUGUGUUUGUGUUAGUUGGACUUUAGUGCUGUCAGCCUGACAUGUUUGAUGGAAAAUAGAUUUCGUGUUUUAGUAGUGUGACAUAUUAAACUGAUCUGCCCUUCA